UUGGUGGAUUAUGUGUUGCAGAAAAAGGUUCGAAGACCGUUACUGUAAAAAGCACUGGGCACGAAAAAACCCAUGUUACAGUCAUGCUGACAGCUAGAUCAGAUGGCUUCAAACUUCCUCCUUUCGUUCUUCUUCCCCGUAAAAGGCCUAUACCAGAAAUUGAAAAACUUUUUAAAAAUAAAUUGAAACUUGUUUGGUGCGGAAAAAAUUGGAUGGACAAUGAACUGAUAUCAAAAUACCUGGAGGAGGUUUUAUAUAUAUAUAUAUAUAAAUAUAUUUUCAUUUGUAAUUUUUAA